CUUGACGUUCCGCGGAAGUGGCAGUAUUUAUUCACCAUAAAAAAAAUAAUAUGAAUUUCUGAACAAUUUUAAUGCUUAUGCAAAUACAAGAAGAAUGAUUAGUUACGAUAUUUAUGAUAUGAAAUUGACUCUUGGAGAAUAAUGCUUCAACCGAACAUAUCCCCGAGGACUAUCGAGACAAAUCGGAAUAAUAAAAAUAGUCGGAGUCAAGAUAAAAAAAUCUGGCCACUCUUCAGUAACUUCAGUGUACCGGAGAGAAAUGAGAAACGGAGUGAAAUUAUUUGCCCGAUGCAAAUACAAUUGGCUCGACCCAGAGCCAUUAAAGGAACUUUGUUGGGUCCACGCGAGGUCAAUAAUUCAUGGCGGGAUGGUAAUCCGGAUAUCAAUGAUCAAGAAAGUUUUCAUCGAGCUAUCAGUCCCAUUCUCGCCGUUGCACAAAUAUUCGCAUUGCUUCCAGUGCUCAACAUUCGUAAUCCUUCACCAGCAAAAUUAUGCUUCAAGCGGAUCUCGAUAAGAACAUUUUACACAACAGCUGUUAUCGUAAUGCUAUUCUUCAUGACUUAUACGGCGUUUAUUCAUAUGAUAACUACCUUGCGGGCUGAAACUUUUGUCCAAGACGGGGGUAUAGCAACAGCAACCGGUGGGAUAAUGUUCUAUGGAAAUAGUUUAAUGGGAACCGUUCUGUUCUUUCGGUUGGCGCCUAAAUGGAUCGCCCUUCAACGAGAGUGGAGGAUGAUGGAGCGAUUUUUCAACAGCUGUAAAUACCCACAAGUGAGAUUGCGCUGGAAAUUUAUGUUGAUCACCGCCAUGAUAAUGAUUCCCGCUGCUCUUGAGCAUACUUUAAGCGUCGUCAAGGCUAUCCCGGAUAGUUCUGAAUUCCCUUAUAAUAAUGGUACUUGGAGGGAGUACGUAGAAAUAUACACAGACAGAUCUCAUGCAUUUACUUAUACGACUGUAAAAUUCUCAACUGCUCUUGGCAUCUUCUACUUUAUCAUCAGUAAAAUUGCGACAUUCACCUGGAACUUCACUGAUUUAUUUGUAAUUCUGGUAUCAACUGGUCUGGCCGAGAGAUACAAACAUUUGAAUCAGGUUGUAUUAACAGGAGGAAAGUCGGAUUGUUCGAAUUUGGAUUGGCGACAGCUCCGAGAACAAUAUGCCGCGCUGAGCAGUCUGGUAAAGCACGCUGACAACGUUGUUUCACCGAUAAUUCUUCUCUCUUUUACCAACAAUCUGUACUUUAUUUGCCUUCAGUUGCUCAACGGCCUCUCUCCCAAGGGAACCAGUAUAAUUAUGACUUUAUACUUCUUCGCAUCAUUCGCUUUUUUAAUCGGCAGAACCGUCUCUGUGACGCUGUUGACAGCGAGAAUAAAUGAUCAGAGCAAACUUGCCUUGCCAGCUAUCUACAGUUGUCCAGCAUCAUGCUUCACUAAUGAGACGCAACGAUUGCAACUUCAAUUAACAUCUGAUGAAGUGGUCAUGACAGGCCUCAAGUUCUUCUCAAUAACUCGAAACUUCAUGUUAGCAGUCGCCGGGGCGAUUCUCACGUACGAAGUAGUACUCCUGCAGUUCAAUGUGGCUAUGGCUAAAUGAAUAAACAAAGUAUUUACCAUAUUACACGCGGAUACUCAUGUAAUUAUUUUAUAAAUUUGUACACUUGUUUGGAAAUUUCUCUGCACGAACGAAGGAAGAAUAAAUGAAUAUAUCUGUUGGCGCUUUGAGUAUAGUA